UGAUCUGAAUUACAUAUCACGUUUUCUGACAGUUGACAAAUCUGAAGAUAUACUUCCUGAAAUAUGUAUCCAAUUAUUUCUGAAUAACAAUAGAAAAAAGUGUAUUGAGAACUGAGUAACCCAUUCCAGAUUCACAUUGCAGAAAUACAAUAUAUACCGAGAUGAAAACCAUCUUCGUAUUCCUGUUCGUGUCCAUCCUGUCAGCCCUUGGCGCCGAGAACGACUUCGAAGGCCCCUCCGCUGACAAAGACGACAUCUCCUGUCUGAACGAGCCCGAGUGCACCCCUGGGGCCCACGGGGCCAACGGGGGCCAUGGCGCCCAAGCGUCAAACAUCGCCCAGAAAGCCGCCCAGGAAGCGAAGGCUGCGGAGGACGCGCAGCAGCAGGCCGGGCAGCAGGCUUCCAGGCAGGUGAAGGAGCAGCUGGCCGAGAAAGCGAUGGAGGCGGCCAAGGCUGCCGAGGCGGCGCUUUCCGGCAAGGAGGCGCUGGUGGAGCAGAUGCAGGAGGAGAUCAAGGAGGCUGAGAUGGUGGUGAACGAAGAAACCACCAGCCUCCAACAACUCCAACAAACGGUGCAAUCGGCCAACAAAGCAGCCCAGCAGGCUCAAGCCGAGCUCAAGCUCUUGCAGACUUCUUUUCAGCUGGCUCAAGGCAACGCAGCCAAUGCCCAACAAGCCCUCGAAGGGAUCAACCAGCAACUCAAUGAAAAAGAACAGCUACUAGAAGCUGCCAAAACCAGAAUGGAGCAGCUGACCAAGCAACUGCAGACUGCCAAAGCAGAUCUGAGCAAGACUAAAGACUCGGCUAAGAAAGCUGAAACAGCUGCCGCUGAAGCUAAGCAGAAUGCGUCAAGAAACAGGAGAAAAAUCACGAAAAGGGGUGCUGGUAGGAAGUGAUUUCCAAGCUGUUUCCAGAAGGACACAUACCAAGUGUAACAAUAUCAUGGUUGAAGUUCCUGUUUUCCUUCAGUUUCAAAGACGGAUGAUUGUAAAUUGCAAACAACUCGUAUAUUUGAUAAACGUCACGUUUUGACAUAGAGGUGGUACUCACUUCAAAUUUUAAUAUGGCACAUGAAUGACAUUUCAAGCAUCUGUCUAUCAUCAAUAUCUGAACCUUUUCCAGUUGUAUUUCAGGAAGCAUCAAUUGUAUAUCAGAAUAGUCACUUGUAUUUCAGAAUAGUCAAUCCAAUUUCAAAAAGCGUUAAUUUUAUUCAAGGAAGAAGGUAUUUCAGAAUGUGUCAUUUGUAUUUCAAUUGAUAUUUUAUUAAAUACAAUUGAUACUUUCUCAAAUUCAAUUGUCUAUUCUGAAAAACAAUUGACGCUUUCGGAAAUUUAAUUGACCAUUCUGAAAUUCAAUUGACGCUGAUGUCUGAAAUACAAGUGACUAUCCUGAAAUUCAAUUGACGCUUUCUGGAAUUCAAUUUGUACUUUGUAAAAUACAAGUGACUAUUCUGAAAUACAAAUGACGCUUUCUGAAAUACAAGUAGAGAAGGUUCAUCUAUUUUAAUUCCAUGUUCGAUUAUCCACCUAAGUGUGUGAAAACUAUACCGAUUCACUCAUAUUGAUCGGUGUAUUGCUAUAGAAAAAUUGUAAUCCUGUCAAAAACUUCAAUUCGCAUAAUAUAUCACCAAAUUGAGUUAAUCGAAAUGUUUUUUCGAACAAUAUUGGUAUUCAUCACAAAUUUCUAUAAUAUCUAUGAACUAUUUCAUGAAUGAACAUUCAUCAUGACUAGUGGUAAUAACAGUGGUUUCAUUGGACAUUUUGAUGAUCUUAAUUUGAUGAUAAAUUAUCAUGGGAUUUCACUUUUCUGGCAGGAUUACAACACUGGUCAGUUAUAAAACAAUAGUAAAUCAUCGCACACUGAGAUGGAAAAUUGGAAAUGGAAUAGAAAUAGAUACCUAUCCAUAUUUGGAAUGUCACUAAGACGUUUAUCAUUCAUCUCAAAAACUAAAUAUAAAAGAUAUGCGCACCAUACCUGUUUCAUCCGGAUAUUUAUAUAGUUUUAUAUUAUAUUCUCAUCAUGUAUUUUUGUACUAUUUUUAUUUGGUAUAAUAUAAUCAACCACUGGCUCGGGUAUAACAAUUAUUAUGUCAUAGGAAGCUAAAACCCCAAUAAGCGAGAAUAUCGUAAAAAAUCAGUAUUUUCGAAUAUAAUAUGAGGAUUGUAAUAC